AUGAAAGAUGCAGAUGGGUUCCAGACCCGUCAGUUAGGACUGAAGAAUCCGUUCGUCCUACAUCGGUUUCGACAGCAACAUCUGCGCAUCAUCCGGGGGUCGACAUCGCCGGGAAGCUGGGGAUCAAAUUUCAAGCCUAAACACCCAGUCUAUCUGGCUGCAUUUAACGUUCACACUGUGAAGCAAGCGGUACAACGAACUGCUCCUCCUCUCACGCUAGAUUUGCCUGAUAUUAAUGUGCAACCAGUAGUUGAACUAUCUGUCCCAUCACUCUCCACUCACUUCCGACAGCGGCAGGAUUUUCAGGGGUUAGUGUCGUCACCAGGCGAAGAGAAUGGAUAUCCGUUGAUAGUCGCCUGUGUGUGGUUCGUCUGGCAAAGUCUGUAA